GAACGUUGCUAAGGUGGCUACGCAACAAGUGACUUUGGCUUCCCGCCCACCACAUGGUGCCGUUUACGUCGUUUUCGCAGAAAUCUGAAGGGUGACCACCCUAGUGCCUUCUGUGGUGCACCACAGAUUUCCACCGAAACUCUAUGCUCUUCUUAUGACAUUUCAGUGAUGGUAAUAUAAUACGAAUGGAUUGAAACACUAAUUUGUAUUGUGCCUUCAAAAACAACCAUUCGAUUUCAGUGCCUUCCAUUUAACCCCAAAAUAAAUAAAGAGUGACUUUUAUGAUGAAUCUUCACUUCGUUCCACUAUACACUUGAAGUGAAAAUUUUUGAGGGCGAAGUGUUCUUUAAACGUGAAUUGAAAUCCUGGCUAAAAUCGCUGAAUAAACAAUUUAAAUACUGAGAAAAUUCAAUAUUUCGACAGGUGAUCCAAGCACCUUGAUUUCCAUUGACAUUUCAUAAUAGUAAAGGAAGAUUAGGGAUUUACAGACUUUCGCGUCACAUAAAAUUAGAUAAUCUCUUGAUAAGGCUUCGUUACUAAUAUUUGUUUAUCGGAUUCCGCUGAAAAUAAAAGGUUGUGUAUUAUCUCCCUUUGAAGUUUACCGACAGAACACAGAAUCGCGUAAAAUUGGAACUAUUUUUCAGCGUGGAAAACCACAUAACUUGACGUGUCAGUCCAUAGAGACUUCGAAGACGAUCUCUGUGCGUUCGAAGUUAGUGCUUCGAUCAUCCAAGGCUUCGGUGUCGUGAACAGGGUGUUGACAGUUGUGAGCCCCCAAGGGGCUAUGGAUUCCGGCGAGUGUUGUGUCGCUCCUUCGGGAAAUACCAUAUCCGACGACCAAAUCGUACCGGCUCAUCCAGGCGAUUGCUGGAAUUCCAUACAAACUACCUCGCAGACUUUCGUAGACGCUUGGCUACUCCAAAUGCAGACCAGUGACCUGGAUACGUUCCUGCCCAAAUCGGAAUGGGAGCAACAUCUGGAGGAGGAGCUGGAGAAGCCAAGGCGCGAGGCAGUGCCACAGAUCGAGGAUUUCUUCGACCAGCAUCCUCACAGGAACCACCAGGCGCAUCCCAUGAGCUACGUGUCGAUGAGGUCCUUGCCCGGCACUGAGGACGACGUCUUUCUGCGCCCGCCGCUAUGGGAGGACAUCGCGAGCAGCAUACAGAACAUAGAUCCGGAGAACGCGAACAUGCUGGGGGUGGGCCAAGGCCAGGUCAAGAUGGAGGCGGUGGACGACAUAUCGGCCAACUGCGUUCCCACCCCUUCGCCGCUUCUGUCGCCCCUCGAGAUAAAAACGGAGAAGAUAAUGCACCCAUCCCCAACGCUACACCUCCUGAGCGACUCUACGUCUCCGUACAACCACCACCAGAACUCUAUGAGCCCUCAGUACCAGCAACAGACUCCCCUACACCUCCCUCCCACCCUACACAACAACAAUAACAACAACGCGCCACAGUACAAGUACAACAACAAUAACAACAUAACUGCGUCGUCUCCACCCACCAACGCCCUCUAUCCCCCUAUGUCCAGGCUGAUGUACGUUUCACCCCUAACCCCUCCCAGUUCGGAGCCCGGAUCUCCCGGUGGGGCGUUGCCACGGCGCACCCCUCCGCCACCCUAUCCUGUGCCGUGUCAGGGGAGUACAGGGUCGAUAGCGAGGUUAGGUGGGACCGGGGUUAAAUACAAUAGGAGAAAUAACCCGGAGUUGGAGAAGAGGAGAAUACAUCAUUGUGAUUUUUUAGGUUGUACAAAAGUAUACACGAAGAGUUCACACCUAAAAGCCCAUCAAAGGAUUCACACAGGCGAAAAGCCGUAUCAGUGCCAGUGGCCCGAUUGCGAAUGGAGAUUUGCCAGAUCCGACGAACUGACACGUCAUUACAGGAAACACACCGGGGCGAAACCCUUCAAAUGUAACGUAUGCGAAAGAUCUUUCGCGAGAUCCGAUCACUUGGCUCUCCAUAUGAAACGGCAUCUUCCCAAGACUUCCAAAUAGCUAGAGUUGGACCCGGAAACGGGAAACAUCCUGUUCUGACAAACUUGUAACUCAAUGAAUGCAGAGGAAAUGGUGUAAAUGUUGAAUCGCAAAUUUGUGCACGAGUCGUUUAUCAAAAAAACCACCAGUUAUUAUAGUUUA